AUAGUAUGAGCCACCGCUCCGAUGCUACGAGUAGUAUUACUAUAAACAACACCUGGCAGAUAUCGCUUCGGUGCAGGUCCUGGCGAGAGCUUGCUGAUGGCUGUACCUGCCCCUUCAGGGUCGAGCAACGCUCUUGCCUUCCGCGAUGAUGGAGCUGCGCAAUACUAUGCAUACGCGGGCGCUCGUCUGCUCGGCGCGAUGGGUUCAGCCAUGCUCCCAUUACUCAAAGACUCCUAAAGCAGCAUUCCAUCCCCUGUGCGUGCUGCUAGCACCGCUCAAUCAAUGGGUUUCUUCUUCUGCCCUCGGCUUAGAAGGUACCAAAGAGCCUCAGGCUCCUCGGACUGCCAGCUGGAUCGAUUUGAGUCGUUGUCCUCUGACCAUGGGAAUCUCGAAGGCAUAUCGUCGUCGGCGGACGAGCAGACGCGAUCUCCGCACCGAAGUGAUUCGUCCGGCGGCCUGUCUAGUAGAAUUCGCAGGCGGUUCUCUCGAGACGCGAGAGACGUAUAUCGACGGCCCAACCGGCCGGAGCGAGGACCGAAAGUACCAUUUCUGCACUUUGCGUCCAAGUCCGGCGUGCAUCCCGCGCAAGUCGCUUCUUAUGACCCAGGGAGCAGUCUGAUGAGCGAGAGAGGAUACGAUAGCGAUGCGCAGUACAUUGCAACCCCGAAACAACCAACUUACGCUACAGAAUACCCACCAGGCAGACCUAGGAAUGGGAUGGCAAUAACUCCUCGUCGGCCACCCCAGCCUUUUCGUGAACCGGAUAUGGAGCCUUCGCGGGAGCAAGCAUUUGGGUUGGUAAUGGAUGCCAGGGGAGGCGCAAAUGAACAGGCACCCUACCAUUGGGAACAGAACGAGCCUCAGCAAAGUUGGCGCUCUCGAGAUCAUGAAUAUCGAGGACCCCAGCACCCACAGGAAUCCCCUUAUUCUUCUUCCCACAACAUCGACGUUGGGACCUUUCGUGGCAAGCAACUGAGCCCUAGCCCCAGCAAUAGCAGGGUCUGCGCACAGGAACGACCAGGUCCGGGCCCAGGGUUGAGGGUGCCGGAUAUUCAUCGCCCGCACACCCCUGUCGUUACUGGGAGGUCCAUUGUACCGAAAAAUAGCUUUGAAGACAUUGCAAUUCAACGACCUGGCUACGGAUACGAACCCGCAGUUCCUAGUUAUACCGGCCACCACGUACCUCAACAGCAGGCCUACACCACAUCCGCCGAGUCCAUACAUGGCUGUCCUCCACAACUCUCCAUCAGAAAGAGGAAUCAACGCCCACGAAGAGAGAUGGCUCCAGACGAGCAAUCUGUCCACCUGGGCGAGAUGAAUAUUCCGAGAAUGCUCGCUUCCUCUGGCUCAACAUCCAACUUAAUGGCCCGUCAUCCCGAGUUCGACGAGUACCAGCCUGCUAGUAAUCUGGGGACAUGGUCAGCAAACCGAUACCAAGGGACUAGCCAUCCAACGGUUAUGGCACCAAUAUGGGAUGCGCCUGAAGGAAACCCAAACGGUAACACAGGUCCGCGGUCCCCGUAUUCCCGGAAUAACAGUGUGUCAUCCGUGGGAAUGGAUCAUGAGCAGAAUUUCAUCGAUUGUCCUCAGGAUUCAGCACAAAAACCUGCACGUAUGCCUCUGCAUAUUCCUGGUAGAUCCUCACACUCGAAAGAGACACGAAAUUCGGCCCAGUCUCGAGAUAAUAGUACUGCGGAUAAGAAUCAUGUGUUGGCGAGCAGGAUUACCGAGAAACUGGGCUCUGAUCGGUCGGUGGGUGCUGCUGGGCAUGGGUCGCAUGAGGAAGACGAUGCCACUUCACCUCGCAAAACAAGCAUUGGCUGGUUAUCCGAAGGCCGACGAGUUGGGUACGGUUAUACUCUGGUACCGUCAGAGCAUACGAGGGAAAGGCAACAGCAGAUGCAGGGCGAGUCCGGCUCGCUAGGAGGUUGUGAUUCUAGGAAAGAUAGUCCUAAGGGCUUGAAGGACACUGAACACGAACUCGCGAAUAUACACGAAACGGAGCAAACGGGGAAUGCUCGCAACGAAAUGCCCAAAACAAGCGAGUCCAGCUUCGAUUUAUCAGGAAUCCUUCAGAAAUUGAACCUUCCUAGAUGGACAGGCACGAAUUUUGCGCUCAAGACAAGCAAUAACAGUGACGCCGGGAGCUGCGAUUCUGGCGGCUCUUCUUUGUUCGGCAUUUUCUCGAAUAGAAAGAAGCCCAACGAGCAAGUCGGCCCGCAUAUCGAGGCAGAGAACCCAUGGGAAUUUUGUUCUUGGGUACGCCCGUCCCAAAGCUUGUCCCAAAGCUUGGGGGAACAGCAAGUAGCAGCCCACCAGCAAGACAGCAUUAGAUCCCGUGAGCAUGCAGAAGCACAGUUGAUAGAUAAACUAGCGACACUCCGCCGGAGAGGGGGUGCAUGGGCUACUAAACGCAAAGUCUCGGAGAUCGCUCGCAACAUCGAGAGACGCGCGGUAGCAAAAUUAGCUGCCUCAGCAGAACAGUUCCCUGCCGUCCAGCGAACGGCGACUCGGGUUUUGAGACUAAAAGGCCCAACCAGCAAAGAGCAUGUGGGAAGGAUGCACGAUGACAAGCCUAUGUUUGCGACAAGCCAGUUGGACGGUCACGAAGACCCAGGAUACUUUAGAGCCGCAGCUCACCAGCGAAUCAGUUCGACAAGCUCUGGUGACUGGGAUAGUCUGUAUGAGGAGUGUCUUGAAGAGCGGUCAAUCCCAGAAUAG